GAGUGGUGUCACGCACAGGGUAGUGUGUCACUAUUAGUCAUUUUUUGCGGGUUACAGAAAGAGAUAUAACACAUUUGCGUUUCGACACUUCACAUUUGGAGUAAGGAUUCGACUGCGACCCGCUCAGGUUUGGAGGCAUUGUAUGCGAGGAGCUUUUCUCGGGUCGGGAGAGCGCAGGAAGAUUGAGUGUCGGACGUUCCUGUGGGUUGGGAGGAAAUCCAGUCGAUUUCCCAAGUUUGUGAUAAACGGGCAGGAGAAGGGGAACCAGACUUCCCCUACAGGACGGACAUCUGCGUUCUGCAUCCAUCCCAAAGCUUUCUUCUGUCUUCACACCAGUGACCCUCGGCCUUGGGCAGGACAACAUGAGUGAGCAGUUUGACUGCGCUAGCUGUAAGCAGUCCCUGUAUGGACGCAGGUACAUCCAAACAGAAGACAGUCCCCACUGCAUCCCCUGCUACAACAAGCUCUUCACCCACACCUGCGCAGAGUGCAAGGAGCUUAUCGAACACAAUGCCCGGGAGCUGUCCUAUGAGGACCGGCACUAUCACGACCACUGCUUCCGCUGCUUCCGCUGCGAGCGCUCCCUGGCUGGCGAGCCCUUCACCUGCCACAAGGAGGCGCUGCUGUGCCAAGACUGCUUCUGCAACGAGUGCUCCUCCCAGUGCGUGGCCUGUGACAAGGCCAUUUUGCCAGGAUCCAGGAAGCUGGAGUAUGGAGGAAGCACCUGGCACGAGGACUGCUUUGUCUGCCACAGCUGCGAGCAGCCCAUCGGCUCCAAGGCCUUUGUCCCGGACCAGGAUGGGUACUAUUGUGCACCCUGCUACGAGGACAAGUUUGCCCCGCGCUGCAGCCGCUGCAAAAAGGUGUUGGUGACGGGGGGCGUGACCUACCGCGAGGAGGCGUGGCAUAAGGAGUGUUUUGUUUGCACGGGCUGUGGGGUCCAGCUGGCGGGACAGCAGUUCACUUCCCAAGAUGACAGCCCCUACUGCGUCCAGUGCUUCAGCAAGCUCUAUGCACGCAAGUGUGAGGGCUGCAGCGAGCCAAUCACCGGUUUUGGGGAGGGAAAGUUUGUUUCCUAUGGUGAACGCCAUUGGCACCAGGCCUGUUUCUCCUGCUCCCGCUGUUCCGUGCCUCUGGCGGGCGUCGGCUUCUUCCCCGAAAGGGACCAGAUUCUUUGCCGCGAUUGCAGCACCCAUACAUAGACCACACCCACUCCCUCCUGAACUGCUUGAAAAUCAACGGUCUCUUUCUUACUGCCUACCCUUCCUCUCCACCUUUCCAUUACUGUUUUGUAUUUUUUCAAUUUAAUUGAAACUUGUCAUUUAUUAUUAGUUAUGUCACAUUUGUAAAAUGACGUAUGCUGAUUUGGACAUCCAAGAUCUCCAUGUCAGAGAGGGCAUGACUGGGUUUCCAAAACAAGCAAUAAAAAGAAAA